AUGAAUCGAUCCUCCCACCCCUUUCCUUUUUUCUCCGAGGUCAUAUCAAUGGCAACUUCGAUCUCUGCACUCAACAGAAGGCUUGAAGGAAAAGUGGCGUUAAUAACGGGUGGAGCAAGUGGAAUUGGCAAACGCACUGCAGAAGUAUUCGCUGAGCAUGGAGCUAAAGUAGUGAUCGCAGACAUUCAAGACGAAUUAGGACAUUCUGUUGCUCAAUCCAUAGGUUCAUCGACAUGUUUAUAUGUUCAUUGCGAUGUUACUGAUGAGAACCAAGUCAAAAGUGCCGUCGACAAAGCCGUUGAAACUUAUGGGAAGCUAGACAUCAUGUUCAACAAUGCUGGCAUAGCUGAUCCCAAUAAGUCUCGAAUCAUUGACAAUGAUAAGGCAGAUUUCGAGCGUGUACUUAGCGUCAAUGUCACAGGUGUUUUCCUCGGCAUAAAGCACGCGGCGCAAGCCAUGAUCCCAGCUCGUAGUGGUAGCAUUAUCUCUACGGCUAGCAUAAGCUCUUACCUUGGUGGUGCUGCCUCACAUGCUUAUUGUUGUGCUAAGCAUGCUGUGGUUGGCCUAACUAAAAAUGCAGCGGUUGAACUUGGACAAUUCGGGAUAAGGGUCAAUUGCUUGUCACCUUAUUGUCUUGCUACUCCCUUGGCCACCAAGUUCGUUGGAGCUACGGACGAGGAUCUUGAAAAUGUCAUGAACUCCCUCGCUAAUCUCAAAGGUGUCACCCUUAAAGCUGACGAUGUGGCUAAUGCUGCACUUUAUUUUGCUAGUGAUGAUUCAAGGUACGUCAGUGGCCAUAAUCUGCUCAUAGACGGAGGCUUCAGCAUUGUUAAUCCCUCGUUCCAUAUGUUUCAGUACCCACAGUCUUGA